AUGCCUGAACCUGGACUGAACCGGACCCCGGCCAGACUACUCAGGUGCAAAUCACUCGCCCUGUCUCGAGAGUUGCAUCAGGCCGACGAUGCAUUCUCGUGGUUCGACAAGAAUACGUGGUCGAGAUAUAUCGCAAGGCUGAAAGAGAUUUGGAACAGUACACGGGACCAUCAGCGUACAGUCGAUGCAUUGCGGAAACGUAUGCAGGACGUUAUUUUCACCAUAGAAGAGGAGAGGUCACGUGCAGAGGCUGAGAUCGCGCAAAAUAGGGAAAACGUCGCCAUGGUUGAUAUGCCAUACCAGGGUGUCUGGUUCAUUCAAGGGUCAUUAAAACCUGAGGAAUACAAGUUAACAGAUGUUAGAGCCAGGACUGCAAAAGGACGUGAAGGGUCAUUCUGGAGAAUUAUCGUAUUGAUGCCACGGUCUUGCCUCGGCGUUGGUGUUGGUGCUAGGCAAGCGCUGGUCAAGCGCUGCCAGGUAGAACCGGACCGUCGGGCGGGAGUUGCCGAAAUACCGGCUUCGCUGGCUACCAUCAACACACCGUUACUUGCAGCACCGACCAUCUCGUUACCGAAUGCCUUGUUGCCCGAGCCAAUACCAGCCAGACUUGGUUUAACGAGGUCAAACGCUUCUCGUAAGGACCGGAUGGGCUUGAAGGGCCUGUGGUCUACGACUCCAGAUCAAUGUAUCCGAACGACCGGCCAGGAGUGA